AUGCGCUCCAACCCCUCUGACGCGCCUGACUCGUCUCUCACGCCUAACCCUUCCCGCACGCCUGAUGCUUCCCCCGCGCCUAACUUUCUCCGCUCGCCUAACCCUUUCCGCUCGCCUGAUUCCUUUCGCGCGCCUGAUUCCCUCCGCGCGCCUGACUCCUUCCGAGCGGCUGACUCCUUCCGCGCGCCCGAUUCUUCCCGCGCGCCUGAUUCCUCCCUCACCUCUCUCAGCUCGCGCAACUUGGCCGCUUCCAUCGGGCCUGGCGGCAGUAGUAGGCGCAAUCGUCACCGUCAGCAGCACGGACGGUCACGAUCUGCUGCGGCGCUCGAGCCGAUUCCGCGUUCUCCAGCGACAUUAGCGUGGCAGCACUCUGCUGGUCUUCGCAGCCCCGGUCUAGACUCCGUUAACCUUCGCUCUGUCGGCAAUAGUAGCCGGAGUGUGCAAUCAGACCGUCCCGACUCUGCUGAGCGACAGGAAGCGUCGUCCGGGCGACUGGAAGCGUCAUCGUGGCGACAGGAAGCGUCGUCUUGGCGACAGGAAGCGUCGUCUUGGCGACAGGAUGCGUCUUCUGGGCGGCUGGAAGCGUCGUCUGGGCGGCUGGAAGCGUCGUCUGGGCGGCUGGAAGCGUCGUCUAGGCGACUGGAAGUGUCGUCUGAUCGACUAGAAGGUGUUUUCGAGAUGUUAGACGGAGAGGCGGGGCUGGUGGGGGAAGCGUCUGGGCGAUCCGAAGAGUCGCAUGGGCGACGGAGUGUCGCAGGCGACGCGGCGAGCGAUAGGAGCGCGUCGUCGAGACGAGUGGGAGCAGCGGAAAGCAGUUCACACGGUGAGGGUGGUGAGAUCAGCCCGGACGGCCGACUAGACGACGAACAUAGGGACGAAAUCAGGCCUGACGGACAAACAGACGACGAGGUUGACGUUAACGGAAAACGUCAACGUUCUGGCAGGCGGGCAUCACGGUUGCGAGUGAGGUGGGGGCCAGACUCACCCGACAGGGAUACCCCGGGAGAACAGGGCAAGCCAAAAUCACGGCUGCGAGUGAGGUGGGGGCCAGACUCACCCGACAGGGAUACCCCGGGGGCAGCGGGAGAGGGCUGGGGUGGUAUAGUUGGUUCCGCCUUGGACCUGCGCUCCACUCUCUUAUACCACCUACAAGCCACCCUCUCCCAUGUGUCUCUCUCUCCACGCCCUCUCCCAUGUGUCUCUCUCUCCACGCCCUCUCCCAUGUGUCUCUCUCUCCACGCCCUCUCCCAUGUGUCUCUCUCUCCACGCCCUCUCCCUUGUGUCUCUCUCUCCACGCCCUCUCCCUUGUGUCUCUCUCUCCACGCCCUCUCCCGUGUGCCCCUCUCCACCCUGUGCGCCCCUCCCGCCCCGCCCGCCAGUGGGAGAUUCUCUUCCAGAUCGCCUUUGGCCUGCGCUCCACAGGCGCAUGGCUCAUCCUCCACUCCACACUCUCAUUGGGAGAUUCUCUUCCAGAUCGCCUUUGACCUGCGCUCCACGGGUGCAUGGCUCAUCGUCGACUCAACCCUCUCCGCCAUCUACCUCAUCGACGUGCUCCUGGGCUUUAAGACCGGUUACGUGACAAGAGAACGGCACGUGAGCACAAGCGACGGCAUCAAGAUAUUGCAGCCGCAGCAGAUUGUCCUGGAGCAGCGCCGCAUAGUGUGGCACUACCUGCGCACGUGGUUCCUGCUCGACCUCCUCUCUUCGCUACCCAUGGACCUCAUCAUCUCCCUCACCACCACCUCCUCCUCCGGCUUCUGGAUCUCCACUGUGUUCCGAGCGCUGAAGCUCUUCCGCAUGCGCCGUCUGCUGAACGCCACGGACCAGCUCAGAACGUCCUUCCUGCGCUCCACGUGGAUGGAGCUCACCGUGCUCAUCCUGCAGGUGGGUGGGUGGAUCGUCCGUGGGUGGGUCCUCACACUUGAGGAUCUGCUUCCUCAUCCUGCAUUCCGCCAUCUACACCAUCUCCCUGCUCUGUCUGUCCGCCCCUUCUUCUGCCGCACAUCCGCAUGCUCCGCCUCGUGGGCGUGUGCGUGCUUUUCAGCUGCCGCAAAUCUCCCCAUUGAGUCCCCCCCCUCUGUACACUCACUCAGUCCCUCCCCUUCUCACUCGCUAACUGCUCUACCCCAGAUCUGCAUGUUUUGCCAUGUGGGCGCGUGCGCCUUUGCUCUGAUUGGCCGGCUCGAGCCAGAGGGCCAAUCGUGGCUCGCCAACUUCUUCUGGGACGACAACGGGGAGGCGCAGCCUCUGGAAACGGCGCCGCCACUUGUCGCCUACGUGGCGGCCACCUAUUGGUCCAUGGUCACAUUUGCCUCGAUCUCAUCCCCUCUUCGUUUGUCCUUCUCCUCUCAUCCCUUUCCUCUCAUCCCUUUCCUCUCAUCCCUUUCCUCUCAUUCUUUUCCUCUCAUCCCUUUCCUCUCAUCCCUUUCCUUUCAUCCCUUUCCUCUCAUCCCUUUCCUCUCAUCCCUUUCCUCUCGUCCCUUUCCUCUCAUCCCUUUCCUCUCAUCCCUUUCCUCUCAUCCCUUUCCUCUCAUCCCUUUCCUCUCAUCCUUUUCCUCUCAUCCCUUUCCUCUCAUCCCUUUCCUCUCGUCCCUUUCCUCUCAUCCCUUUCCUCUCGUCCCUUUCCUCUCAUCCCUUUCCUCUCAUCCCUUUCCUUUCAUCCCUUUCCUCUCGUCCCUUUCCUCUCAUCCCUUUCCUCUCAUCCCUUUCCUUUCAUCCCUUUCCUCUCGUCCCUUUCCUCUCAUCCCUUUCCUCUCAUCCCUUUCCUCUCAUCCCUUUCCUCUCAUCCCUUUCCUCUCAUCCCUUUCCUCUCAUCCCUUUCCUCUCAUCCCUUUCCUCUCAUCCCUUUCCUCUCGUCCCUUUCCUCUCGUCCCUUUCCUCUCGUCCCUUUCCUCUCAUCCCUUUCCUCUCAUCCCUUUCCUCUCAUCCCUUUCCUCUCAUCCCUUUCCUCUCAUCCCUUUCCUCUCAUCCCUUUCCUCUCAUCCCUUUCCUCUCAUCCCUUUCCUUUCAUCCUACAACCUGCUCACAGCCAUCGUGCUGGGCUGUGCUGCUGUGGGCUACGGAGACAUCUACCCCCAGGACACCAUCCCAGAGCGCAUCUUUGGCAAGCAUGCUCAGGGCCAUGCUCUCUAUUCCUCCCUCCCUCCAUGCCUCAUUGCAUGCACUUCAUUCAUAUGCUCACACUGCAGGUUCAUCGAGAGGGAGGAGCUGCCAGAGUGGCUGGCCAACCGCCUGGUAAGCCUUUUAUACGGUUCGGCUGGAAUCGGUUAA